UGUGUGUGUGUGUGUAUAGGUGUAUAGGUGUAUUUUAAACAUAUGCUUCUAUUCAGGUAACGUAUUGCGAACAUGUUUCUCUCGGUUUCUGGGUGAAGGCCUUGUCUUGGCAUCGAGACACGCACAGAUUAUGUAAUUAAACUAACAUGAUUGUAAGUUCGUGUGCGUAUGUGUUUUGCAUAAGUAAAGUAAAGACUUGCGGAUAAGAGCGUAUGCAUACUUGUCCGUACAGAAAAUGUAUACAAAGAGUAGCAUUUAAAUAUUUUUAUGCUUUGCCGUUUCCACUUAUAUCUUAUUGCCUCUGCAUGACCUUGAUUUCAUUUCAUUUUAUUUUCUUUCUUUCUUUUCUCUAAUGGUUUUAGGUAAAUUUUUGAAAACUUAAAGAAAAUGUUGAAAUCUUUUCAAAUUCAUGCGUACGAAAAUGGUACUUUGGGUUUGCAUUUAACUCGAGCCCCUUGGGAUCCUUAUCCAUGGAUAAGUAGUAUACAGACAGAUUCAAGUGCUUAUGCGGCUGGUUUGCGGAUCGGUGACACAGUCUUGGAAUUUAACAACUGUGAUAUUUUGGGUCUGAAAAUCUCAGAAAUUGUUUUACUUUUAAAAUCGCACUGGCUGCAAGAUGCCAGAGUUAAGAGUAACACUAACAGCAAUAGUAACGAUAACAAUAGCGAAACAGACAACAAUGAUAAUUGUCGUCACUACGUCACUAUGGUUAUAUGGCGUAAUGAGGCUCAAGCUUCAGUUGUUGACGAAACUCAUAAUAAAGAUUGCAAUGCCAAAGAUGAAGAUGCAGAAAAUAAUGCCCAUAACAUUAAUCAGCAAUCGUUGCAAAAGUUUGCAACUUGCCUGCAACAUAUUGCCCAAUUAUUGGAAUGUCCUGUUUGCUUAGAGGUCAUUAAACCACCUGGUUGGCAGUGCUGCAACGGACAUGUUCUGUGCAAUAAUUGCCGCAGCCGUUCGGUAAAGUGUCCGGUUUGCCGUGUACCUCUGGGACCACGUGGUAGAUGUUUAUUAUCCGAUAAAUUAUUCACUUUACUCGCCGAAAGUUUUCCCUGUGAUGGUGUGCGCAGCAAUAAAAACUCGCCAAAAGAAAGACGGAAAUGUUCGCCGGAAAUACAUAAUCAUCCAAAGAUGGCUGUUGAUAUUGUACAACGAAAAAAAAAAGUGCAACAACGACGGCAACAAGAUUUUGAUGCUAAAGAUAAAAAUAAGGAAAAACAACGGCAACAGCAGAAGCAACAACAACAACAAUUGCAAGAGCAAGAACAAAAUCAAGAAGAACAACAAGAGCAUAGACAAUUAAGAAAUGCAGACAUUUCAGGAGUUUGCUUAAGUUUUCGAACAAGAUGUACAAGUUCUGAAGUCCAUCAAAUGAAAAAAACUUUCGAACAAAGUUCACUUGUAUCACAGGUGAAGAAGAAUGGGCAACAAAAAGAAAAACAGAAUGAGAAACAGAAGGAUGCUGUGGGAGAUCAAAAAUCAAAAGUCAGUUUAGAGGCCAUACAUGACAAGAAUGUAUACUUUGUUAAAGAUAAGAUAAAGUCGGUCAGUAACAAUGGAAACUCAUCUCCGGAUUAUGCAGCAGAUGAACUAAUAGUUCCAAGAACAACAUCACCUACAUCAUCAUCAUCAUCAUCAUCAUCAUCAUCGUCGUCGUCGUUAUCAUUACAACUGUCAUCAUCAUCAUUUUGUAAUACGUUAAUACCCACAACAGCAAUAUCUACUACAACAGUAACGUUGACAACCCAGGUGAAUCAGAUUACGGACAGAGAAUGCGACGAUUUGCUGGUUCAACACCAACAUCCUUACGAAAAGCGUAAACAGCAAUCAACAAUUGUUACAAAUAUAAAUAGUCAGCAAGGUUUCUGUGCGUCAACUUGUUCUUAUUUUUGUCGCUGUUGUAAGCAAGAUAAAGUUCCAACUGUAAAUAAUGGCGUAAUAACAACAAAAACAGCAGCAGCAGAUCAGAAUAAAUUUAUAUAUCCAAGUAUUAUAAAAGCAACAACAGAGCAAGCAUAUCAAAAUUAUCGGUGCCCCACUGGGAAAUUAUGCUGUUUGAAAUACGUGCUAUCGUGCACAAAGGCCACGGAUGUGAGUGCGACUGCCGGUACUUGCCGUCGCAACUCGUUUAGGUUAGCAACUCACAAUCAAAUGACUAAUAACCACUUGUCAACCACAACAACAACAACAACAACAACAAAAACGACAAAAGAACAACAACAAAUAACUAGAGAAUCAACACCAACAAAUCAUUCCAACAGUUCAACAUCAUCAUCAUCGCCAUCGUCAUUGCCGUCAUCGUUAUCGAUGCCGUUGUCAUCUGAGGGAAUAGGUGACGAUAUAGGUAUCGGUCUUAAUGAUGAAUGGGAAAUUUUAAUGCAUCUUGGUCGUGAUCACCUAAUACACGUUUGUCAUCAUUAUGCUGAAUAUGGUCAACGUAUAGCUAUGCAGUUACCUCCAGCAUAUAGCGACAAUAGCAACGACUGCAACAAGAGUAAUUAUUGUAAUAAAAGUAUUAUUUGCUUGAAUUUCAAAGGUGUCACGACUACAAAUCUUAUCGAGAAAUUCUUUAUAACUUGCAUACCUUUGGCAUUAGAGCAAGAACUGCAACACCAAAUACAUCAACAAGACCAGCAGCAAUACGAAAAACUACUUGAGAAUAAAACUUUCUCUUCAACUUGCAUCACAUCCUGUAACCUAAAAAAAUAUGCAAUUUUUUUGUGGUAUUUAAAUCCAAAACACUCGCUCAACUACUCGCCGGUAUCAUCGAACGAUGAAGACGAUGACGUGAGCAAUUUCGAAAGCAUUAUUGAAAUUCCAAACACGGACAUCAAAUGGUUUGGCCGCGUCCACCAUCUAACCACCCCUUGGUCGCAGAUACUAGCCAGUCGAGAGUUUCUCAUGUACGACGCAAUAUCUGAUGGAUAUGAUGAAGCAUUCGUGAUUGUCAACAAAACGAAAUAAAAAAUUGUACGAAAUCGAUUAUACUUUUGUGCGUGCUUUAAUGCAAUGGUGUGCAUGCGGGCAUACACUGUUGAUUGUGCACACCGCAGACAUACUAUACUUUGUACGCGGGGUAAUGGCGGUAAUGUUUCUGCUGUUGAUCACGUGAAACAUGCAAUUGUUUCUUCGUGCUUUAGUGCCUGUGUACCCAUUCUGCCAGCACCACCUUCUCUAAAGGGUACAAUUUCUUAUCUGAAUGUCUGUAAUGCGCAGAAAUACUUGUAGUCAUCGACGAAUCCCUUAAUUAAAUUUAUAAACGCAUAUAAUAUUCAUACAGCAUUUUUGAUUACCAUGACAAACAAAGUCGAAGAAGCCACGGCGGGACUUUUGUUUCUUGUUGGUAAUUAUGCGCUUCUUUCUAUAAAAGUCUUAAAUUUGAAAAUCGAAAAAUUUUAAAAUUAGUUUCAAAUUCGUUCCUUUUUUACUCACAAAUGCUUAUAAGGAUUUGUUUAUGGGUUAAAUAUGAAAUUUGGCAUGACGUAAGAAGUUCUUAAGUCUCUGUAAAGGUAUAAAACUAAGCACCAUUAUUACUACUAAGGUAAAGAGUUUUUUUUUUUUUUGCGUUCAUUUAAUUCCUUACCCAAUGGAAUAAUUAAAAGCCAGCUAAAGACGGAAGUAGCGCACUUUUGUUUUUACUGACGAUGUGGUAAGCUUCGGGAUAAAUUAAUCGUAAGAGCAGUUUUAACUUGGGCUCCUGGAUAUGAAUUAAUUAAUUAAUUCUCCGACAACAAGGUCCUUCGAGAAAAAGCUAUACUUUGUAUCUUUUAGAUGAUCUCGCUACUCUUGAAGUACUAAAAUGAGACCCUAACAAUGAUCCAUUUACUAUUUCCUGAGAAUGGCGAAGCCUAUCUAAAUUCUAAUAUGCUUCCGCGAUAAUAUGUAUUCACAGUCACCACGAAAUUUCAAAAAGGAUCAUUCGCAGUUGUUAGAGCAGAGAAAUCACCUCUCCUUGGGCAUCUGAUAUAUCAGAUAUGUAAAUUCAAUUUAUAAGGCUUUCGAUAAGACGUUACGGAGUGUGUAUAGCCAUACUUGCAUUUUAAU